AUAGAGGAUAAGGUUAUAAGAUAAUUUAAUUAUGACCGCAAGAUGGCAGCAAAAUGUCGUACACAAGUAGAGUCAACCACAAUGGGAAAUUUGUCCUUCCAACAUUCCGUAGUGACGUCAAAUGCCAGUAGAAAACAUGGCGGCUGUCCUCGCGAGGAAGGUGUCGGGUCUGCUGAGGCCGCUAUCCGUGUCUCUGUGCGCCCGCCGGACACCACAGGCGGCUCAACUGUCUAACUUCGGACGGUGUCAGCCUGUCUUCAUCUCCAUCCAUCCUCCUGUGCCGACAACAACCUGUCAGCUACCCCAGCACGGCCUUCUCCAACGCGUUUCCGCUCUUAUUCCACCUUUGAGUCAGCAGCCCAUCAGAACGUUGACAUAUUACAGCGUAAAGAAGGGAAAGAGGAAGUCUGUCAAGUCUGUGACCCAAAGGUUCAUGAGGUUGCACUGCGGCCUGUGGAUUAGACGCAAGGCCGGAUACAAGAAGAAACUUUGGAAGAAGAAACCCGCCAGGCGAAAGCGUCUGAGGGAGCACGUCUUUUGUAAUAAAACGCAGUGCAAACUUCUCGAUAAAAUGACAACCCCGUUUUGGAAAAGGAGGAACUGGUUUGUGGAUGAUCCGUACCAGAAGUACCACGACAGGGUCAACCUUAAACUUUAAAGUCAUGUACUGUAUAUCGGUGUCUUGUAUAAAUGUUACAAUCAUA